CAGGUGAGUUUGCUAUGUUGCCCACCAGUAGCGCUGGUAUCUUUGUUUUUAACCUCGUUUUUGUCGGCAAAAAAGGGAGAAAUUCCAUGGAAAAAUUGUGAAAUUUAUCACGAAAAGCGCGGGGAAUAGCAAUAAAAGUUAUCAGUUUGUGGUCAAUAAUCAUCUGCUGAUAUUUUGUUCACAACAUCUCUGUGAUACCUUUGUUUUAUCGUGUGAAAAUCUGUGAAAAUUGGCAGGAAAAACAAUAAUUCAGCAUGUUUUCGAGGUUUCGGGCCAGUCGGCAGAUCUUAUCGCAUCUGCAGAGGUGCAAGUCAACAGCUGCAAAGCCACAGGUGAUCUUCAAAAGAACAGAAAAGCAGCUGAAAUUCACUCCCGGAAGCGAAUACCAUGGAUUCCUUUGCACCAAAACAGAUUUUGUGCCGGAUUUCAAUAUGAUGGCCUAUCUGUUCAGGCAUGAGAAGACGGGAUCUGAAUACAUGCACAUUGACCGGGCGGAUUCUAACAAUAUCUUUUCAAUAAACUUCCGGACAACGCCAUUUGACUCAAGUGGAUUGCCUCACAUUCUCGAGCACACGGUCCUUUGUGGCUCAGAGAAGUUCCCAGUGAGGGAUCCGUUCUUCAAGAUGCUCACCAGGAGCAUGGCUACGUUCAUGAAUGCCAUGACAGGGCCAGAUUACACGAUGUAUCCCUUCUCUUCGAUGAACGAGACUGACUUCCGGCAUCUGCAGAAGAUCUACCUGGAUGCAGUUUUCAGGCCGAAUCUCAAGUAUCUGGACUUCAAGCAGGAAGGAUGGAGGUUGGAGCAUUCGGAACUGGGGAAUAGGGACAGUGAAUAUGUGCUCAAGGGAGUUGUGUACAAUGAGAUGAAAGGAGCCUUUUCUGAAAAUACCAGUGUCUUCGGUCAGAGAUUCCUCAAUGAAAUCCUUCCUGGACACACGUACAGGUAUGUUUCCGGAGGGGAUCCUCUGGACAUUCCACAGCUCACGCAUGAGGAUCUCGUCAACUUCCACAGGAAAUACUAUCACCCCAGCAAUGCAAGAUUCUUCAGCUACGGUAACUUCUCAGCUGAGAAAUCCAUGGCCUACAUCAAUGAGCACUACCUGGCUCGUGGAGAGGCCAUAGAUGCCAGCUACAGUCGAGUUCCGCGUCAGGAGAGAUGGACAGAACCCCGGGAGGCCAACAUCACAUGCAGGUACGAUUUUCUGGGUGUUCCCUUUGAGAAGCAAAAUCAAAUAGCCAUUGGGUAUCUCAUGUCAGACAUCACGGAUACCUAUGAGACUUUCCUGUUGCAUGUGUUGUCCGAGUUGUUGGUCAGGGGGCCGAAUUCCUACUUCUACCGGAGUUUGAUUGAACCCAAUAUUUCUGGGGGUUUUAAUUCGUUGACGGGAUUCGAUUCUCAGCUGAGGGAUACGAUGUUUGUGGUGGGAUUGCAGGAUUUGGAAGUUGGUGACUUCCAGAGGGUAAGGGAGAUCUUUGAUCAGACAAUCGAUCAGGCCAUUGAGAAGGGAUUCGAGAAGAAGCAUGUUGAGAGUGUUUUGCACAAUAUUGAACUUCUGCUGAGGCAUCAAUCACCGAAAUUUGGUCUUGGGCUACUUUUCAAUAUUUCUCCACUGUGGAAUCACAAUGGGGAUGUUUUCUCGUCGCUCCAGGUGAAUCAGUUGAUGAAGCAGUUGAGGGAGAAUUUGAAGGAUCCACAGUAUCUCCAGAAGUCUAUUGAGAAAUUCUUCCGGAACAAUAAACAUCGAUUGACGAUGACAAUGUCUCCGGAUAUGGAGUUUGAGAGGAAGUUUACGGAGAAGGAGGGGGAGAUUCUCAAGGGGAAGGUGGAGAAAUUGACAGAGGAAGAGAAGGAGAAGAUUUAUGUUGAGGGAUUGGAGUUGGAAAAGUGUCAGAAGAUGGUUGAAGAUGUAAAUGUUUUGCCUUGUUUGACCAUUUCUGACAUUCCGAAAACCAUUGAACGUUCCCGGAUUGAGAAGAUGAUUGUAACGGGAACUCCUACGCAUCUGAUCACGGCUGAUACCAAUGGGGUUACCUAUUUCAAGGGAAUUUUCAGUGCAGCUCAUCUGAAUGAGCAGGAGAGGAUGCUUCUGCCUCUUUUGCUUGAUGUAAUGGAUCAGUUUGGGACGAAGCAUCAGUCCUACCGGGAUUUCGAUCAAAGAAUCAAAUCCAAGACACAUGGAUUGACUUUCAGGUUGCAUUGCAGUGAGAAUCCUCUGGAUCUGGGCAGUUUUGAUCUUGGUGUUGAAUUUGGGAGUUUCUGUCUGGACAAAAAUACCCACGAUAUGUUCAAUAUCUUCCAGGAUCUCUUUCACAAUUUCUGCUUUGAGGAUGUCAAGCGUUUUGAGAUGCUCCUGGAGAAUUAUAUGUCAAAUCUCGUUGUUGGUGUCCCAACCCAGGGGCAUCUCUAUGCCAUGCAAGGAGCCAGUGGACUUGUAUCCGAUGCAGCCAAUCUGAGAGAGAAUCUCUCGGGAAUUGGUCACAUUGAGUUCAUGAAGCGUCUAGUUGCGACGCAGGAACCAGGCGAAAUUCUUGGCAAUGUGGCCAAAGUGGCCAGGAAGUUGCUGAGAGACAACGAGAUGAGAUGCUCAAUAAACUUCAGUGAAUCCCAUCGAGGACAUCUUCUGGAUCAGUAUGUGACAUUUGUGGAAAAUCUUCCACUCCGAGAAGCAAAAUCCCCAAAGCUCCCUUCAGAUAACCUCAACUCGUCAAACAGGCACAUCUCCAUGAAUAUCCCUGUCAAUUACUGCGCCAAAUCUUUCAUGGCUGUCCCCUAUGUUCAUCCAGAUUUCGCUCCCCUUCGCGUCCUGGCCAAAUGGAUCAGUUCAAAGUACCUCCUUCCAGUCGUCCGGGAACAAAAUGGAGCCUACGGAGCAGGAGCUAAACUCGGAAUCGACGGAAUCUUCUCAUUCUUCAGCUACAGAGAUCCCAAUUGCCGAAAAACUCUCGAUACUUUCGAUGCCACUAGUGAAUGGAUUCGCUCCAAUGAGAAAUCCCUAGAUGACCAGCAGCUGUUCGAGGCCAAGCUGGGAGUUGUGCAGCAACUGGACGCUCCCACAGCUCCUGGAGAAAAGGGAGCAGAAGAUUUCAAGUACGGCAUCACGCAUGAGAUUUUCGAGGAGCACAGAAGUCACAUCCUGACCGUCACCAAGGACGAGGUCAUGAGCCUGAGUGAAAAGUAUUUCCAGCAGGAUUCCCCGAAAGGAGUAGGAAGGUGUGUUUUGGGACCUGGAGAGGAGAACCUCAAUAAGGAGGGUCAGGAGUGGUCAGUGUCCAAAGAAGAUUGAUUAAAGAGGAAAGAGAUUUUGUAAAUAAAUUGCAUAGCAAUAAAUUCUGUUGUAUUACUUAAUUAAAAAA